GUCCUUGAGUUUGUCCUUGAUCCGCGUAAGAUAUUUCAUUUGGUGAUAUUCAAAGGUAAAAGUGGUCUACAACUUGGAACAUCAACUAGCCUUCCAGUAGCACCAGCUGACACUAGUGGAGAUCACUUACAAGUUGUGAUUUCAGCAGGUUCCAGUUAUACAAUCAUCAAGGCAUCUACAGAACAACAAAGCAACAAGCAACAAUGCUAGCCGCAAGGUUUGCAUCUGUGGGAAAGAUCCCUCUGACAGCCUUUGUCACAACAUUUGGACAAUCCACAGCCCGAUCAGCCAGCAGACCAGGUGUCGUCAUCAGAGUACAGAACUAUGCCUCUCAAACAAGAUCUGGCCUCAGCCGGCGUGCCAAGACUCGCAGUUUGAAAGAAAUGGCAAUGGCCCCUGCAGGGGAUUCAGCCUUUAGCAUUGGGCGAGGUGUUGUGGCCGGCGCAUCUCUGGUUGGCCUUGGUGCACUGUGCUACUAUGGUCUAGGCAUGUCCAAUGAAGUCGGAGCCAUUGACAGAUCUGUCCUAUGGCCUGAGGAAGUGAAGAAGAGGAUCCGAGCGACCUACAUGUAUUUUGGUGGGAGUGUGGCCAUCACAGCUCUGUCCGCAGUGGCUGUCAGUCGCAACCCUGCCAUGAUGAGAAUGAUGAUGAAGAACUCCUGGAUGGCUAUAGGAGCAACGUUUGCAGCUAUGAUAGGAGCAGGCAUGGUGUGCCGGUCCAUCCCCUACAGUGAAGGGUUUGGGAUGAAGCAGCUGGCCUGGAUCGGCUACAGCGGUGUGGUUGGAGCAGUCAUAGCCCCCAUCACCAUGUUGGGGGGCCCACUGCUGAUCCGUGCGGCCUGGUACACAGCUGGCUUGGUGGGAGCUCUCUCUACUGUGGCAAUGUGUGCCCCAAGUGAAAAGUUCCUCAACAUGGGAGGCCCCUUAGCUAUCGGACUUGGAGUUGUGUUUGCUUCCUCCAUUGGAGGGAUGUUCCUGCCACCAUCUACAGCGCUGGGGGCGGGGCUGUACUCUAUCAGUGUGUACGGCGGCCUGGUGCUCUUCAGUAUGUUCCUGCUCUAUGACAGUCAGAAAAUCAUCAGGAAUGCCGAGACAUAUCCCACAUAUGCUGCUCGCAAAUAUGACCCAGUUAAUGCGUGCAUUGGAAUCUACCUGGACACUGUGAACAUCUUCAUCAGGAUAGCGAUGAUCCUCUCUGGUGGAGGGGGACGAAAAAAGUGAACAGGUGCUUAGUUUGUGUGUGAAUGAACUGAGGUGUUGGCUGGACAUUGUGAUAGAUGGGACACCCUCCCUGACAGGUGGUGUCACCUGGUUGAACUGGCUGCAUCUCAUGUGACAGAAGUCAGGAACUACAAGAACUCUGCUGACUCAUCAAUUUAAGAAAAUAAUCCAUAUACAUUUAACCCAAGAUAUUACUUCAGCGGGAAUUGUUCAUAUUGUUUACAAGUGUUUCAGCGGUGUUUUUCAUGUUAUCUUUACCAUGUUUAGAUGACCAUUACCAGUGAUGAUAUAUCUUCCAGAAAGCAAUGUUCAUUAUCAAAUGGUUUACAGGAUUAUGAGAUUGUACUUCUCAAGAGUAAAUAUAAAAAAAAUUAGUUUCAAAGUGAAAACUGAUGUUCUCAUUAAGCCUAUAAUGAUAUGUUCAUGAUCGUUUAGCUGAUGUAUUGAUACACGCAGUAAAUGAGUACUAGUUUCUAAGUGUGAAAAUGGUUUGUAAAAUUUAAUUUUCUGCUAGUACAUAUUCAAGAGUUCUUUGUUUGUUUGAUGGUUGUCUAUGAACAACAUGAUGAAAUAUGCACUGAUUGAGCCCAAGUCAUUCCCUUUGAUGUGUAUCGUGUAUCUCUUGGUGUAUCCUAUGAUAUUCCCACCAUCAAGAUACAUCAUCGCAACAAAGGUGUUAUGAAAGCCCUAAUCCAUUGUAGAAGGUUUUUGUGUUUGAUCUAUUGGAACAUCUUCAGGCGUCUUUCUGCGUCUCCGUCAGGUAAACAUUUACAGGUCAUCAAAACCACCUGGAUUAAAGUAUCAAUUUUCAAAGAUGCCAGUUCUAUGUUAUUUGAGAAUGAAUACACCAAUAUUUUAAAAAACUAAUAAAAUAACUUGAAUUAAACAA